AUGCUCGAUGGUUUAUUAAAAAAAGAAGAUAUUCCGGAACUAAUUAAAAAUGAUGAUAUAAGUGUAAUAUUUGUUAAACCAACAACAGCAUCAUCAAUAGUUUGGCAAAAAUUUAGUCAUAUUUAUGUUGAUAGUAAAAAGCAAAAUUUUGUGUCUUAUGAUACAUGUAAAGAUAUUCUACAUCACAAAUCAAUUGAUGGUACAAGCAGUAUGAAGAAGCACCUUCGAUCAUGUGAAUCGAAUUCAAAAAAUAAUAAUAAUAAAAGUUUAAGUAUUAAUGAAUAUUUUGCUUUCCGUAAAACUAGAUCUAUUCCACCAAGAUCUAAAAACAACGUUUUGAAUGCAACUGUUGAACUAGUUGCUAUGGAUAAUCGUGCAUAUGAACUUAUUGCAGGUGAUGGUUUUAUCAAUUUUACACAAACUAUAUUUGAUGCUGGACAACUGUUAAAUUCACAGAAUAUUGAUGUUUCCAGUUUAUUACCACAUCCAACAACUGUAAGCAAAUACUCUUCUAAAUUAUAA